CGCGAAUUCUGGCCCGAAAACAUGUUCCGGGAAGUCCGGGGUCGCGAUUGGUUAUUGUGGAUCGUCGCGGUGUAGGACGGGAAUUCCAAGGAUUCCACCGUUACGAAAUAAAGUUCGAAAAGGCGUGUAAGAAACUGAAGAGGUUAAUGAAAACGGCGAGGUACAAGAAGUUUCUGGUGCGACUUUUACAUUCUUAGGAAGAAGUGAUAAAAUACCAAAAAAAAAAUGUGUGAAGUAAUGUUAAUGAUGCUACGGAACAAAAACAACUGUGAAAUAUUGUGAUUAAAGGACAUUAGCAGGAGCAGGGGAAUCUAUACAAGAUGGCUGCGGGGUCAGCAGUGGCUAUGAUAGGUGCCAACCUACGUUUCGGAUCCAGUGCAGCCAAUUCUAGUUUAAACGCAACCAAAGUGUUUCAGUGUCAUCCAGGUGGAACAGCAGAAGCAGCACUCAUCUUUGCGCUGGGUACGAUGGGAAUGGGGGCCAACAUUGCGCUGAUGGGAAUCAUCUUGGCCAACAAACAGUUAAGAAGGUGGUCACAGGGUCUUCUAUUUCACCAAGGUGCCGUCGACUGUGCUCGAGCCGCUCUUCUUCUACCACUAGGCGUCUCAAUACUCCACUGCCAACCGGUCCAAAAAUGUUCCUUAGUAGAAACAGCUUUCCUUCUUUUAGUAACGGUAGCCACAGUCAAUAUGUUAACAACAGUGCUCAACGAUUCCCCGAUUUUUCCCGAUGACGACGAAGCAGCAGGAGAGGUAGCGUCGGCGGCUAUUUCUGAUGCGCCGCUUUUGAUGGACUCGCCACAGUGUGUGCUCUUUGGAACCUUCAUGAUUUGGUUCGCGUCGAUUACGAUCAAUCUGGGACCGACGUUUUUGUCAGGUGCUCUGGCCGCUCAGGGAGAGGGCGGUCAUAAAGCUCCCUCAUGCCCUCUGAUACACGGCCCUCUCCGGCACUAUAUCCUCAAUGCCCUGUGGAUCGCCGUCAACUUGGUAUGUGUCUUUCUGACACUCUUUCACCUGCGGAAACUCCAUCGGGAUCUCACGAAAGCCAACGUGGAGGCGGUGCGAGUGGCCGGCUUGGUAACGACGCUGGUGAACGUCACCGGAGGGCCGCCGUCCAGACAGAUGAAUGCGACAGGGACAGCUGACGGCGGCGCUGGCAACGGCGGCAUCGGCAUCAUAGGAGGCGGUGGCGCUCUCGAAGAGCAUCGCAGGAUGCGCGAAUAUCUGAGGAGGAUGGAGAGGGACGGGGUGCAGCGGGUGAAAAUGUUCCUCGUCAUUACGGCGGCCUACGUUCUCUUUUGGGGACCCCUUUUCUUUGUUACCUUGGUCAAUCAUCCCGUUGUAGGGAAUCCACUAGGUCACGAGAUAACCCUUCACAUAUCAUACGUCCAUGCGAUAGUCAAUCCAACGUUGUUCCUAGUCCUACACCGAGGCCUUCGGAGAGCCACGCUCGACCUGUGCUGCGGCUGGAUCCCUCUCUGGCUGGUGUCAGGACCGAGCGUGCCCCCACCGCCAGACCCACCCCGGGCGGCAGACAUCUCCCUCCUCAAGCCGCCCCUGCUACCGGUACCAGCCCACCCAGAUAGCUCUAUGGGAGACUCCGAUUUGAGUCCUUGGACCCCCGUCGAGCUCAUCGAAUCGCUCGAUAACGGGAUAUUACCAAUCGCUCAAGCUCAACCUCCUCGAUACUCCAGCCCAGACCUCGCACCUUCUUCGCCACCGGAAAGCGACUAGCAUCCGGACUGGGACAGAUCCACGAGGAUAUAAGGCACACCUACGGGAUCUGUGGAAAAGGGGACCAAGAUGACGGCGAGCCAAGGGAUAUUAGCAAACGAAAUUUCAUAUCUUGGCAACGGUGAAAUUGGCGAGCACUGGCAACACUGUAGCAAAACAGUUUGUUGUGGGGUUCCAGGUGUAAAUGUGGCAACGGAAUUGUUUAUACACGGGUAUAGUAGUAAGGCUAUUUCGAGAAUUGUAAAUACGUAUGUUUAAGAUUAUGUAUAAUACAGAUAUAUAUGACAGUUAAUAAAUUUAAGAAAAUUUAUGAAGUGGACUAUAAGAAAUCUAGAUAUGUUGUAGGACUAUCGUUCUAAUUAUAUAAUUAUAAACA